CCACCUGCUUCCCUUCUGCUCAUUUGCCACUGGGGCCUUUACUCUUUAAAAAAUGCACCUGGUGAGGCUGAAGCCUAAUCACCUUUCCAAACAUCUACGGCUACAUAAAAGGGACAGCCCCCAGUCCUCUUGCUUUUUGAUCCCUCAUUUGUCCACCAUAUGGCAUUUCUAAAUAUAGGGUCUGGUCUGUGCAGAUAUACUAUUUUCUAUAAAUAGACUGCAGCAAUACAGUAUGGAAUUAAAAGCGAGGACUUCAGAGUCAGCUCUAAUCAGAACAGCGUGGUGAGAGUUUUACUCGCUCUACUGGAAAACAAAAACAAACAAAAAACAAACAAACAAGGAAGGUUUACAGCCACCUCUGGAAACCUCAUUUUAAAACUGGCAGCGCUAUUUGAGAAGAUAAAGGAAUACAUGUAGGUGGACGUGAAGAACAGCAAAUAAAACCACCCUAGCAGUGCUGCCGUUUCCCUCUUCGCGCUGGAUAGACGAGCACAGCCCUGCCCGCCCGAGGCCGGCCCUGCGCCGGCGCGAUGGAUGCGCUGUGGGCUGGGCGAGGGCGGGCAGUGGCGGGCAUGGCGGCGCUACAGAGAAGCGUGGUGUCCCCCGCGGGUCGGCACACCGCCUCCCUCAUCUUUCUGCACGGCUCAGGUGAUACUGGCCGAGGAGUAAGAACAUGGAUAAAACAAAUUUUGAAUCAAGACAUGGCUUUCCAGCAUAUAAAAGUAAUUUAUCCAACAGCUCCUGCCAGGCCUUACACACCUAUGAAGGGAGCCACUUCCACUGUGUGGUUUGACAGAUAUAAAAUUUCUAAUGACUGUCCAGAACACAUUGAGAGUAUUGACUCUAUGUGCCAAGGACUUUCAGAUUUGAUCAAUGAUGAGAUUAAAAAUGGCAUCACAAAGGACAGGAUACUAAUAGGAGGCUUUUCUAUGGGAGGUGGAAUGGCAAUGCAUUUAGCAUAUAGGUUUCAUCAAGAUCUGGCAGGAGUCUUUGCACUGUCUAGUUUUCUCAAUAAAGAUUCUGCUGUAUAUGAGGCUUUGAAAAAAAAUGAAAGUGUUCUUCCAGAAUUAUUUCAGUGUCAUGGAACUGCUGAUGACCUAGUUCUGUAUUCUUGGGGUGAAGAAACGAACAAGAUGUUAAAGUCACUGGGAGUAUCAACUUCUCUUCAUACUUUUCCAAACCUCAAUCAUGAGUUAAACAGAAAUGAAAUAGAAGAACUUAAAACCUGGAUUCUAAAGAAGUUGCCUAUUGAAGCUGAAAAGUCAAAUGAAUAAAAGAUGUAGUAUUCAUAUAUUUUCUGUUGUUUGUGGGUUUAUAUAAGCACAUUUCAGGUAGAUGCUGUUAUAUUCCAUAGAGUUCAAUAAUGACGUGAUGGUGCUGGCUACUAACACUCACUUUAUCAUAUGGAUUUCUUUGUUUGUUUUCUUGUACAGUUUUUUAAAUACACAUCCUUGUCAAUCUAUGGGAUUUAAUGACUGUUAGUAUUAAAAACUGUCUUAAAUUGUCCAAACAAUAUUCAGGAAGUAAAGUUGUGUUUUUCUGAGAUACUUAUUUCUUUUCAACCUCAGAACACAAUGCUAUGGUUGCAUCCACUGGCUUAAAAGUAGAGUAGAGAGCAGUGGUUAAAUAAUGGACUUUUACCUUUCCAUAUACAAUUCAAGUUAGUUAACUUAGAGCGACUGUAUUGGCUUCAUGAGAAAUUUCAGUAUGUGGGAAUUAAUAUGUGUCAAAGCAGAGUUGUAUGUUACUUCAGAAAAAUAACUGAUCUUUGUGCUACAGUUUUCAAAUGAGUCAGAAGUAGCAAAUAUCUGUCAAUACCACAGGCCCUCGGUAUUACUUAGUGUCAUUAUGGUGUUUCUUAGAGAUCUACUUCUGAUCUCUAAGUUCCUUGAGCCCCAUGUCUCUCACUCUGUAGGUUUAAAAAAAAAAAAAAAAAAAAAAGUGCCAUGAUCCCUGGUAAGAUAUCCUGUUUUUGAAGAAAUCAUUCCUUGGGCACUAUUCCUGUAGAAACUUAGUUUUGCCAACAGUUCUAUUUUGGCUUGCAAGAUCACAUUUUAAAUUAAAAGAUGAGGAUAUUUGACUCCUCCAUGAACAUUUAGAAGAGUUGUAAAUAAUAAUUGUGAUAUAAAGAAACCUUGUGUCCAUUUUAAUGGUGGAUGAUUCAUCUUUGUGUCAGCUUGAUAAAUUAACUCAGAGUAUAAAUAUUCUUAUGUAAUUUUUAUGCUUUUUCUUAUUUCUCCCCCUCUGCCCCAAUUUCUCCUCCCCCAAAUUCAGUAAUUUUAUUAGCAUGACAAGGUAUUCAGCCUUUUGCCAAAGUCAAUAGAUCCAAGUCUCUUGCUUAAUCUUCUCCUUUCCCCUUUUCUGAAGAGUGGAUCUAGGACACCGUUGUUUGCUCUGUCACAGCAGAUUGUUGCCAGUAUUGGCUAUGACUCCAAAAGUGUCGGCCAGCUCCAGGGGACUAAGGGUUUUUUUCAAAUUCUCAUGCACAGAGACCUAAGCCAGUUUUUACCUAUCUUGAGAAAUAAGCAAAGGGGGAAAAAUGUCACUGUUCAAGUACAAGGCAUGUAAUUGGCAGUAGCAAGUAACAACUUCCUGCUGCUAAAAAUAUUUUCCUUUAUUUCAUUCUGCUAGCGUUAGCAAGUCAGCAGUCUGUUCUGAAAAACAGGAUUUUAAAUGGCACAUGAAAUCUCUGCUGUUUGAAAUAGUAACUGAAAAGCUUUUUUUUUUUCCUGGUGCCCUAGGCUUCUUAAUUACAAAUUAAAUUGAAACAGGUGUGUUCAGAAGCAGCUGAGCUAACUUUGCCCUGGCCCAACUCUAAUUGCAGUUGUUCACAAGUACAGUUUUAACAUUUGAGUGAUGGUACAUCGUUUAGAGAUUUGCACCAUUUUCUGUUCCUCCUGCAGUUCCUACCAGGAAGCUGUUUGAACCACUGGUAAUGCAAGGUGGUAAUUUGUUCUGGUGACAACUGUGGCCGGACGGGAGAUAUGCAAGUUUUUUGCGAGGGGGAUUUCAACAAUAUCAGAGUUCAGUUCAGAAAUUAUUACCACAUCAAACUA